AUGACGUUGACGGUGACUGGCAAAAUCAGUCGCGACGACCUUCGAAUCAUGCUCGAGGCGUUUGCUGACACAAACCGCGACCUGACGCGCAACAUGGUGCACACAAUGGAGGAUGAUAUCCUUCGAGGAGCCCGCCAAGCUGCUGCCGGGCCAGCCCAUCUCAGGCUGCCUUCACCGCCCCCAUUCCCCGCCGACUCGCCCUCAGCGCUAGACAAGGAAGUCUCGGCUCUGCGUGCCGAAGUCAUGGCCAUGCGCGAGUCGUCUGCUGCGCGCCGCGUCGCCAUGCUACCGGUACGCACACGCGAACCCAGCGAGUCUGAGAACACCGCCGAACCGCGCAACACAAGCCGGACCAGCAGUCGCGCCAGUGCCCGCAUUGACUCGGGCCGCGAGCCCGACGAUCACAACGGUAGUAGCUCCAGCUCUGUCUCCUUCGCUGCCACCACCUCAGCUACCAUCGGCACCGUGGCCUCGCUGAGCACCCCGCGCCCGCCUGUCCACCCGACUGGCCCAAGCACUGUGUCCAGUACCGCUGCUCCCGUCCAGCAGCCACCGCUGCCCGAAUCCAGCACUGUCCAGCCGCGCCUGCAGAUGCGCGAGCCGCUCCAGGGCAUGCAGAGGGCUGCCACGUCGACUCAUGCGUCGAUGGAUGAGCUUGACGAGGAGUACGAUAUGCCGGUGAUGGAGGCCCUGAGCCAGGACGCCAUUCCGCCUGAUGAUUGA